AAGCAGAUUGGUGAAGGCUCAUUUGGUGUUGUCUUUAUUGGGACAUUCAGAGGUAACAAAGUUGCGAUCAAGAAGUUGAAACAGACAGAAAGCCAUGUGAUACUUGAGAGUGAGAUUGACGAGUUUGAGAAGGAGGUGCAGAUGCUGGACAAGUUCAGAAGCGAGCACAUCGUCCACUUCUAUGGUGCUGUAUUUGUAUCGCACAAGAUAUGUAUUGUGACUGAAUUUGCAAAACACGGCAGUUUGAUGGAUUUGAUCAAGAAGACAAAUCAAUGCAACGUCGAGAAAAGAACACGCGUCAAAAUUGGAACAGACGCAGCACGUGGCAUCCAAUACCUCCACAGAAACGGGAUCUUACACAGAGACAUCAAGCCAGACAACAUCCUUGUUGUGUCGAUGGACUGGAACGACAGCAUCUUUGGGAAGCUGACCGACUUUGGGAGUGCGCGAAACGUCAACAUGCUGAUGACCAACAUGACAUUCACAAAGGGCAUCGGAACACCCAUUUACAUGGCACCAGAAAUCCUAAACCAGGAGAAAUACAAGAAAGAGGCAGACAUAUUUUCUUUUGGUGUUACGCUGUAUGAGUGCCUCUCUUGGAGCUUGGCUUAUCAACCGCCUCAAUUCAAAUUUCCAUGGGAAAUCGCAGACUUUGUGAAUAACAGUAACAGACUCAAACAAACACCCAACCUCGACAACAAGGAGUAUGAGCUUAUUGUGAAAAUGUGGAAUCAAAACCCUUCGAACAGAUUGAGCAUACAAAGUGUCGUAACAACUAUUUCCCAAUUCAAUUCAUGA